AUGAACACGGCAUAUCCGAGUGCACCCAGCGUCCUGGAGUCACAGCUGACGCAUCACCUGCUACCACCUCAGCAGCGAGAGGGCGACGACCAGAGUGUUGCGGCGCUUCAGGAGCAGUAUUUGAGGCACCUCACGCAGGACCGUCUCGUGCAAGGGGGCUAUAUCCCGAAUCUCGUGCCGAUCCUACUGUGGAAUCGGCCCUCUUCAGGCUCACGACAAGCGUCGCCAGCAGGACCAGGAGCCAUCUGCCCAUCCUCGGACCCCGGCUCCCCCUCUUCGCGGCUUCGUCGGCCGGCCGAGGAGGUCCUCACACCGGCCGUUGCGAAGACCAAGUCCAUGCCGGCCAGUCGCGGCUUCUUUCGCCGCGGCUCUCUGCGAAGCAGCGUCGUGAACAUCGCCGCAGCGGCCUUGGGAGCCGGAGCCCUGUCGCUGCCCAGGGCCAUGUAUUAUUCGGGCAUCUUGUGGGGGCCAUUGCUAAUGAUCGUCUUAGCUGCUCUGUCCAUCCUGAGCAUCCGCGUCAUCGUGCAACUUGUGGAGCUGUCAGGCAAAGACUCCUAUGAGGAGAUCGCCAAAGAAGCGAUUGGCCCAUGGUUUGCUUUGCUGGUCGAGGUGAAUAUCGUGUUGUUUUGCUUCGGCACUGCCGUCGCCUACAUGAUCACCGUUGGCCAGGUACUCGAUGCAACCUUCGGCGACGCCGAGCCAGGGUCAUGGCUCAGUUCCUUGACGCAGUCGAAUACCGUGCUGCUUUGGACCACUGCGUUCGUGCUCCUGCCGCUGUCACUUCUUGACAGCAUCAACGACCUACGCUUUGCCUCGCUUGCUGGCGUCUCUUGCAUCCUGUACCUCAUCUUGGUCGUGCUCUACGUAUUCGCGAAGCAGAGCGUGAGUCCCACGUCACCUCAUUGCACUCAGGAUUUCGGCAUGCGAGCGGCGCGCCAGUGCGCGAUAGUUUCUGCGAGAGAGCUCUGGCUGGGUGACGUGGACAGCUUCACCGCCUUGCAGCCAAAGGGAGGCAUCACCGGCUUCAUACAAAGCACCUCGGAGGGCAUUCCGGGUAGAGGAGUCGUGGCUCGGACCGAGGUAAAAGAGCCAAAUGUUCCAUCCAUUUACACCGAGCAGCGGGCUCGGCAGUGCAUCUUCUUCAACUACAAGUCGACCAAGGGCAGAGACUUCGGUCUCUCCCUGGCGACAGAGCUAUUUUGUGUGGCAUUCUUUCAGCUCGCUAUGCAUUGUGGCUCGCACGAGUUCGCGCCAAUUCUGCAAGGAUUUGCUCUUGCGGUGCUGAUCUUCAUCGCUGGGCAUGUGUCAGGUCUUGCUGCAGGGACUCUCUUGCCAGACGGUGAGAAGUACUUGCUUGCCGGCAAUGGUGGGCCGGGAUGCCUGGAUCGGUCGACCAUUCCAUCCGAUGUGACAGGCACCAUGAUCAUCCAGUGGGAGUUUGUGAUGACCUGCAUGCUGGUGUACAGCUCGCUUAUGUGCGGCCUGGACACGCCGGCAUCGUGUGGAAGCUUCACCCCAGUGGUGGCGGGCUUGGCCAUGGUCGCCUGCUCCGGCUCAGGCGGGCAGUACACAGGUGCCUCACUCAAUCCUGCCCGAGUCGUGGGGCCACUGGUGGUGUUGGGAUGCGGAGCACAAACGGUACCCCUCUACCUGCUUGGACAGUUUGCGGGUGCGAUCCUUGCAGUGGCCCUCGUGGCGGCCACUGCGCGCACGGGACCCCUGAAUCCUCAGGUGUCGAAGCCUGCGCUUGGGUUGAGCGACAGGGAAGCUUGGAGGCUUUGGCUCACAGGAUCUCCCCCGAGCCGCCUGAGGGGGAUGAACACAGAGACGGUUGAGACCAUUCAUGACUACCACCUGCAACUGCUACACUUCCAUGAGGGCAAGCCGACGGAGGCGUUCCAGCGCAGCUCAACUUCGGACCUGCAGCGGCUCUUUGGGGUGAAUGCCCAUGCGUGCCAGCGAACAUCUGCUUCCGCUUCGCAGAUAGCCGAGCCAGGAUCCCUUACGGAGGCUUCUCGGGAGGUGGCGCUGAUGCUGCAGCACCCGGAGAUAACGCUCAGAGAGACGAUGCCGGACACUUCGCCCAUGGACAUCUUCAGGUCCUGCACAGACGAAGAAGUGGUGUAA